AUGAGCAGCUAUGCAAGGAGAUGUUCACAUUUCCCAAGUAGGACCGAGGCGGAUCUCGCGAUAAAUAUUCGCAAAGCCACCAGCAUUGACGAAACCGCUCCUAAACGAAAACAUGUGCGGAGUUGCAUUGUUUACACUUGGGACCACAAGUCCUCCAAUGCCUUCUGGGCUGGCAUGAAAGUACAACCUAUCCUCGCGGACGAAGUGCAGACAUUUAAGGCUCUUAUAACCAUACAUAAAGUUCUACAAGAGGGCCACCCGAUCGUGGUCAAGGAAGCCCAGAACCAUGUGGGCUGGCUGGACAGCCUGAUGAGAGGCGUUGCAGGGGACGGAAUCCGAGGUCUCUUUGAAUACGAGGAAUACAUCAGUUUGAAGACCAUUAAUGAUCCAAAUGAAGGGUCAGUCUCCCGAUUACUUCGACCAUCCACCUGCGUUUCUACUGACCCGACUUGUAGCUACGAGACGAUCACCGAUCUUAUGACUUUACAGGAUCAGAUCGACGCCUUUCAGAAGCUCAUUUUUUCUCAUUUCCAAACCGGAACCAAUAAUGAAUGCAGGAUAUCUGCGUUGGUGCCUCUGGUGCAAGAAAGUUAUGGAAUUUACAAGUUUGUCACUAGCAUGCUGAGGGCGAUGCAUACGAUGCAAGCUACCGGCGAUGAAGAGGCCCUUGAGCCUCUGCGCAACCGUUAUAAUGCUCAGCACUACCGCCUCGUCAGAUUUUAUUAUGAAUGUUCGAACCUGCGAUACUUGACCAGCCUCAUCACUGUCCCAAAGCUGCCGCAAGAUCCUCCGAAUCUCUUGGCUGAUGACGAGGAGCGUCCCGCCCUUCCUAAACGACCGACGAAAGACGCCGAGCGGGAGCCUUCACCGCCGCCUAAGGUCUCUCAGCCCGAACCUGAACCAAUCACUGAAUUCUGGAAUAAUGAAGCGAAGCGUCAGCAAGAGGAAUUCGAGGCUGAACAACGCAGACUGCAGCAGCAAUGGGAAGAGCAACAACGCCAGCAGCUCCUUGCUCAGCAACAAGCGCAACGAGAAUUCGAAGAGCAGCAGCGGUUACAGGCUGAGCAGCAGCGACUGGCACAAGAGCAGUUACUACGAGAUCAACUCCAGGCGCAGACCCAGGGCCGCUUGGCCGAAUUGGAACGAGAGAACUUGAACGCGCGUGCGCAGUAUGAGCGGGACCAACUCUUGCUGCAGCAGUACGACAAGAGGAUGAAGGAUCUGGAAGAGCAAUACAACCAGCUUAAUAACAAUUUCAAUCUUCAAAUCAACUCGAAAGAUGAGCAGAUCCGGGCUCUCCAGGAGCAAGUGAACACCUGGCGAACCAAGUACGAAGCCCUCGCCAAACUCUACUCACAACUCCGACAAGAGCACCUUGAUCUCCUGCAAACGACAAAGAAUCUGAAGUUGAAGGCAGCCUCCGCGCAAGAGGCCAUCGAAAAGCGGGAGAAGCUGGAACGGGAGAUGAAGACCAAGAACCUUGAGCUUGCGGACAUGAUCAGAGAGCGAGACCGGGCGUUGCACGAGAGGGAUCGUAUAACUGGAAGUAACAAGGAAGAGGUUGAAAAGUUGAAGCGAGAGCUUCGACUUGCUCUUGAGCGCGCAGAAAACGCAGAGAAGCAGAAGGGCAGCGAGUUGUCCUCGAUGCUGGCCAAAUACAACCGUGAAAUGGCUGAUCUCGAAGAGGCUCUCCGGAAGAAAACCCGGGCCUUGGAAGAGCUAUCUUCAAGAAACAAUGAACGGGAUGGAGAGCAUGAGCUCGCUUUGCGCGAGAAAGACGAAGAAAUCGAAGUGUACAAGUCCGGUAUGGAGCAAGCACUUAUGGAGCUGGAGGAAUUAAAAUUGAGUCAGGGAGCCGCCGACCGGGCGCUGGAUUCGCAAAUUGACGAUGUCUUACGUGGAACGGUAGCCAAAAUUAAUGAUAUCAUUGAUUCUGUCCUGCAGAGCGGUGUUCAGCGCGUGGAUGAUGCGCUUUAUGAGCUGGAAUCUCCCAUGCAGGCUGGAAACCAGAAUGCAUCCCCCCCAUAUGUUCUGUCACAGAUUGAAAAGGCCUCUGCUUCGGCCACCGAGUUCUCGACAGCUUUCAAUAAUUUCAUCGCAGACGGUCCCAAUAGCUCGCACGCCGAGAUCAUCCGUACCGUCUCGAUCUUCUCAGGCUCGAUCGCCGACGUUUUAAGCAAUACCAAAGGCUUGACGCGUUUUGCGAUCGACGACAAGAGCACAGACCAGCUGAUCAAUGCUGCUCGCAAACCUGCGCAGGCCACCAUCCGAUUUUUCCGUGCGCUGCAGUCAUUCCGUCUGGAUGGUUUGGAGCCGCUUCAGAAGACUGAUGUGGUUAUUAACAACAAUCUGGAGGUUCAGAGGGAUUUACAGACCCUGUCAAAACUCGUUGACACCUUUGCUCCCAAGGACAGCAAGAUCAGCACCACUGGUGAUCUUGGAGACCUUGUGGACAAGGAACUUGAAAAGGCCGCCAAUGCCAUCGAUGCCGCAGCAGAACGUCUGGCCAAGCUCCGGAAAAAGCCUCGCGAGGGAUAUACCACUUACGAACUCCGAGUCAAUGACUCGAUCCUUGAUGCUGCACUCGCUAUUACAAAUGCGAUCGCGGAGCUUAUCAAGGCGGCAACCGCUUCACAAGAAGAGAUCGUCAAGGAAGGACGUGGUAGCUCGUCUAGGACGGCGUUUUACAAGAAGAAUAACCGUUGGACGGAGGGGUUGAUCUCUGCUGCCAAAGCCGUGGCUUCCUCCACCAACACGCUGAUAGAAACCGCGGACGGUGUCAUUUCUGGUCGCAAUUCCCUCGAACAGCUCAUUGUGGCUAGUAACGAUGUCGCUGCCAGUACGGCACAACUUGUUGCGGCUAGCCGUGUCAAAGCCACAUUUAUGAGCAAGACGCAGGAUCGUCUUGAGAACGCCAGCAAAGCGGUUGGCGCCGCGUGCAGAAGUCUCGUCCGUCAGGUACAGGAUAUCAUUGCGGAGAAGAACAAGGAUGACAGCGAAGCCGUCGACUACUCGAAGCUCAGUGGACACGAGUUCAAAGUUCGGGAAAUGGAGCAACAGGUCGAGAUCCUCCAACUCGAGAAUGCCCUUGCCCGAGCCCGAACACGCCUGGGAGAAAUGCGCAAGAUCUCCUACCAGGAAGACUAA